UUCAUGCAACACGUUUUCGCCAGCAAUUCCAAUAUCGAAGAACAUGUAUUUUGGUACGAAGAUAUCAUUAACCGUUUUCUUGUGUCUGUUAGUAACACCUACUAUUGAUGCUAAGAAAACAAAAGGUUGUGGUGCAAGGGCAGACGUAGUGUUUGUGUUAGAUUCCUCUGGUAGUGUCGGGGCAUCAAACUGGCAAUUGAUGUUAAAGUUUGUACAAGAUGUUAUAAACAUCUUUACCAUCGGUAAAGAUGAAGUGCAAGUAGGCGUUGACAUCUAUGCGCAUACUACUUAUACAAAAAUUAAAUUGAACUCCUACCAGUCAAAAACACAAUUGCUUAAUGCCGUGAAAACCAUUUCAUUUCUAAAAGGUGGAAAUACAUACACGUCUUCUGGCAUACAGCGCAUGACUGGGACAAGUUUUUCUUCGUCAUACGGAAGACGACCAAAUGUUCCUAAGAUCGGGAUAAUCGUAACGGACGGAAAAUCAAGUUCUUCAUCUGCAACCGUUUCUGCCGCAAAUGCUGCCAGAGCCAGUGGAAUAAAAUUAUUCGCUAUCGGGAUUGGUAGCAGUAUUAGUAGUUCAGAACUGAGGGGUAUAGCUAAUGACCCAGAUAGUGACUUUUAUUUCAAAGUCAACGAUUUCAGUGCAUUGAAGUCAAUUGAAAGCAGUCUUGCAUCGAAAGCGUGCACAAUAUUCGCACCAACACCUACUGGUUGCAAAGCUGGAGCGGACCUGGUUUUUCUGGUUGAUAAUUCUGGCAGUGUUGGGUCAACAAAUUUCAAAACCACUCUGAAGUUUAUGUCGGACAUUGUUGAUGGCCUAGAUGUUGGCAAAGACAAGUUUCAAGUAGGAGUGAUAACGUUUCACACACCAGUGAAGGCGGAGUUUAAUCUUGACAAGUAUCAGAAUAAGAAAGAUAUCAAGGCUGCUAUAAUGUCAAUCAAGUAUGAGGGAGGUGGAACAAAUACCGGAAGUGCUAUCAAAUAUCUACAUUCGACUUCUUUUUCCCGCUCGUCAGGCCAUAGACCUGGACACCCAAUGAUCGGAAUUUUAAUAACAGACGGAUAUUCUUCAAACAAAGCACAGACACGAGAAGAGGCCAGGAAUGCCCGACUCAAGGGGAUUAAAAUGUUUUCUAUAGGAGUGGGUAGUUCCGUGGAUGCGACAGAAAUCCAGAGUGUGGCCAGUGAACCUAAGAGCCAGUUUGUCUUCACAGCUGCAAAUUUCAACUUACUGAAAUCAAUCAAGACUUUAGUCUUGAGUAAGGCUUGCGAAGUCGCCGAUAUAACUUGUUGGGGCAUGACUGAUUUGGUAUUUGUCCUUGAAGAUUCUUGUCAUGUAGGGAAACAAAAUUUCCAGAAAAUGUUAGACAUUGUUGAAGAUCUUGUCCAAGAAGUACCGGUUGGUAAAGGAAAUGUCCAAGUUGGUGUCAAUACAUUCAGAUGUACUGCUAGUACAGCAUUCCAAGUUGGAACGUAUAAAAAGGGGAAAGACAUCAUUAGAGCUGUUAAUAAAAUAAAAUACACUGGAGGAAAGGUGAAUACUGGAAAAGCUAUUGAAUAUACAAGGAAGAAUAGUUUCCCAGAUUCUCGCAGCAAGGCAAAGAAAAUGAUGGUCAUACUAACAAAUGGGUCUGACAAGGGACUUUCCAAAACACUGGGAGAAGCACAGAAGGCAAAAAACAGUGGGAUAAAGGUGAUGGUGAUAGGCGUUGGCUCCCAUACUAACCAGGAACUUUUCAAGGAGAUGGCAACAGAGCCAUAUAACAAAUAUGUAUUCUCCGACUCAAGCUUUGAUCCUCUACGAAACAUGCGAGAUGUUCUUAUACAACGGAAAUGUUCAGCCUAAGAGUUUGCCUACAACGUGGAUGGUUAGAUGUCAUGGACCGAUACAAAAACUAAACGAAAACUAAUUAUUUGCUUUCAAAAAUUAAAUUGCAUCUUAAAACUUA